ACCACCUACGAACCCGGCCAUGAGAAGAAAAUCAGUCACCGCAGAACCAGCAGUACUGUCUCAGGAGUGUUCAGAAUUGAAGACCUAGGUAAGUCCGAGUUGAACAUUACCUCCAAACUAUUCAUAUCUCUGACUGGGGUUACAGAACAGGAAAAGGUUGAGCUGCAAAUAGCACCGGAAACGCAGAAACUCGGAUGGUAUGUUUCUCUUGGUGUAGUGAUGUUGCCUUGUUGCCUUGCCGCCUGAUUGAUAGAAUAUUAAAGUGAACCAAUUGACGUCCAGAUGCUGACCACUUCCAGGAAGCUGAACAAGAACCCAAACACAAUCGACGACAAGGACAUGUUAAAAAAGUACCUCGUGACGCCGCCGGUCAAGAAGAUCGACCUACACUUCCCGUUGGGACUCAACAUCACUGCCCGUAACCUCAAAGGUGUGACGAUCAAGGAUGCAGUAGAUGCCAUCUACAAGCAGUUCAAGAAGAAGGUAUGUCUUGCACCACUGCUUUCCGACGGUGUCUAGUUUCGAGUCUGACCAUAUCUGUGAUACAGGAAGAUGAUGACAUGGGUGAGAACCCCUACCUCGCUGGCUUCGAGUGGGACAAAGAAGAGUGCUACACCCGUUUCAUCGUUCACCAGAAG